GGCGGCAAUGGAUCUGGCUGUGGCCCUGGUGCUCUGCCUCUGCUCUCUGCUUCUCCUCUCACUCUGGAAACAGAGCUCUGGGAGAGGGAAGCUCCCGCCGGGCCCCACUCCUCUCCCGAUUCUUGGAAACAUGCUACAGUUAGAUGUUAAGGACAUCAGCAAAUCCUUAACUAAUUUCUCAAAAGUCUAUGGCCCUGUAUUCACUCUGUAUUUUGGCAUGAAGCCCAUGGUGGUCUUGCAUGGGUAUGAAGCAGUGAAGGAAGCUCUGACUGAUCUGGGAGAGGAGUUUUCUGGAAGAGGCCGUCUCCCAGUGAGUGAAAAAGUUAGAAAAGGACAUGGAAUCCUUUUCAGCAAUGGCAAGAGAUGGAAGGAGACCCGGCGCUUCUCCCUCAUGACCUUGCGGAAUUUGGGGAUGGGGAAGAGGAGCAUUGAGGACCGCGUUCAAGAGGAAGCGCACUGCCUUGUGGAGGAGUUGAGAAAAACCAAUGGGUUGCCCUGUGAUCCCACUUUCAUCCUGGGCUGUGCUCCCUGCAAUGUGAUCUGCUCCAUUAUUUUCCAGAACCGUUUUGAGUAUAAAGAUCAGAUUUUUCUAGGUAUAAUGAAAAUAUUUAAUGAAAACACCAGAAUUCUGAGCUCUCCAUGGCUGCAGGUCUGCAAUACUUUCCCUGUUUUCAUUGAUUAUUUCCCAGGGAGCCAUAAUAAAUUCUUUAAAAACUGUGCUAAUGUAAAGAGCUAUAUUUUUGAGAAAGCAAGAGAACACCAAACAUCCCUGGACAUUAACAAUCCUCGGGAUUUUAUUGAUUGUUUCCUAAUCAAGAUGGAGCAGGAAAAGGACAAUCAAGAACCGGUGUAUACGGUUGAAAACUUGGCAAGCACUAUAUUGGAUUUGUUUGUAGCUGGAACAGAGACGACAAGCACCACACUGAGAUAUGGGCUCCUCCUCCUGCUGAAACACCCUGAGGUCACAGCUAAGGUCCAGGAAGAGAUUGACUGUGUCAUUGGCAGACACCGGAUCCCCUGCAUGCAGGACAGGAGCCACAUGCCCUACACGGAUGCUGUGAUCCACGAGAUCCAGCGAUACGCUGAUCUGCUCCCCACCAGUCUUCCCCAUGCAGUGACCCGUGACAUUAAAUUCAGAAACUACCUCAUCCCCAAGGGCACAGAUAUAUUGACAUCACUGACUUCUGUGCUUCGUGAUGACAAAGAAUUCCCCAAUCCUGGGGUAUUUGAUCCUGGCCACUUCCUGGAUGAGAGUGGCAACUUUAGGAAGAGUGACUAUUUCAUGGCUUUCUCUACAGGAAAACGUGUUUGUGUGGGAGAGGGCCUGGCCCGCAUGGAGCUGUUUUUAUUCCUGACCACAAUUUUACAAAAAUUUACCUUGAAAUCUGUGGUUGACCCAAAGGACCUCGACACCACCUUAGUUGUCAAUGGGUUAAUUUCUGUGCCACCGUUUUAUCAGCUCUGUUUCAUUCCUGUGUGAGGAAUGUUAGGUCAUCUGGCUUCUUCACUGAUGUUGUCUUCAACUCCCUCUCAUCUGCGGCAUCGUUCACCUGCUUCCCCUCAUCGUUCCUGAGAGUGCUUGC